CUUUAUGGCGAAAAAGAGUAUGUUAACACCAGCAGAAAAACAGCGGCGUUAUAGGGAGAAACUAAAAAAAUUCCCUGAGAAGGUAGCGGAAACGAAGCGAAAGAAUUUAGAAAGGUACCAUGCUCGUAAGAAGCUAGUGGCUGACAUGAGCAUACAAGAACACCAAAUGAAAAAGCGAAUAUGGCAAGAAAGAAAUAAAAGAAGAAGGAUGAUGAAAAAAAUGCUUGAAGAGCAUGCUUUUAUAAGAAAUACAACGGAAAGAUUGUUCUCUUGUAUGGCGGUAAUACGUUUUACAAACACGGAAAGCUGUGCGAUGGAUUCCGUUAUCCAUGUUCAAAGCACGAUUCUAUGUAAAGUCUGGCGGGAGAAAGGUUCUGCUAUACAAUGGCUAUACGUACUACAAAAGAGAACUGCUCACUAAUCAUAACCAGCGAUUUAUUUGCUCUAAAACAAGGUUAAAUUGCAAGGCGUAUAUUCAUACUACAAAGGAUCUACAUGUUGCCAGGGAAUGGGGUCAUCACAACCAUGACCCGCCGAACUAUGUUAUAAAGGACGGUCUUAUUAUUUUCUUUUAAUUGUGCAAAUAUAUUUUUCUACCUCCUAACUGUAUACGCGUGCCUUAAUGAAGUUUUUAUUGAAAAAGGCUAAAGCCACAGUAUGCGGUAACGGUGCCGCACCAAUAUUUAAAUAACGGUACCAUACGGGCGACGCGUUGCGGUGUGGCAAUAUAUUUUACCUCUACCCGCUUCGUCUCGCAGGUCACAAUUCCGGCUCGCUUGCGGUGCAUGCCGCGAGGCGGCGCAAAGCGUAGUGUGACAUGGUAUAGCAAUUUGUAUGUACAAUGAUGAUGAUGAUGAGGAUGAUGUUGCGGCACAGAACCGCACCGUUACUACAUCGUGUGGCCGCGCUCUUAGAGUCCAUCUAUCAAAGAAACAUCGCAGGUGUAUUCGUAGCUGUAUAGUUGAAAAGCUCGCUCUGGUUCUGAUUUAACGUAUAUAUGAUUAGCGUUUCGUAUAAUCGUAUUGAUUUUGGUUAUACAUAUAUAUUUUUUAAACUUAAAAACCAAGUGUAACUUGAGUGAGUAGUUUUUUCUAUUAUUAUAUAAUUUAUCUUUAAAUGACUUUAAUUUGUCUUCUAUCCCCAUAUUAGUGCGUGUAGCAACUGAAUAGUUCUACGUUUAGAGGUACUAUCAACGGCUACGUGAAUCAUAUUUGAAAAUUUGUGAAAAACGUCAAUCACAUUUAAUAAGAAAUAAAGGAUACUUUUUAACCAAUAAAUUACAAUAUAUCUAAAUUACUUGUGUUUCUGUUCCUGCAAC